AUCUAGAUUCUAGACAAAAUUUUCCCGUGUAUAUAUAUAUGCACGCCCACGCGUCGUACCAGAGCAUCACCCGCCGUACCGGCGAAAAUAAUCAGGUCUUUUGCGCUUCUAUAAAAGUUGUAUCCGAAUCAUAAAAUAUAAAAAAAUUAGGGCCCUAAUUCUAUCCCAUGGCGAGAACUCCUUUGGCAAUGUCCGCCAUCUUCAAUUCCACCGCCCACGCACCUUCCCUCGUCCACGUUAAACUGGAACAGCAAUCCACUUUAACACCGCCGCAAGACCAGUCGGCGCCACCACAACCUCAGGUCAAACGCGAUCCAGAAGAGCCCCUGAUUGUUUCUCUUCAGGCACUUGGCGAAAACCAAUCCAAAGAGGAUGAACAAAAGGGAGAAAAUUUGUCUAAAUCGAUUGACGAACUCUGCAAUCUCUCCGCUGCCGUUAACGAAUUUUAUAGUAGAUACCAGGAAUUACAAAACCACCUUGAUUUCAUCCAGAGCGCCAUCGAUGCCCACUCCAAAAAUCAGCAACAGCCGGAAGUAAUUCGCUUGGAGACCAUGCACCCUCCCUUGCUAACACCAAUUUUCACGGAGAAACAAACAACAGAAACAGCCACAACAAGUUCUGCACCAGCCAAGUCGGAGCUUUUACUUCUCUGCGAGAUGAUGUGUGGCAAAGACCUCCGUAGAUAUAUUACCUCGCAUCUAACCAAUAUCCGGAAGCUUCGAGCUGAAGUUCCUUCCGCUAUUAAAUGCGCGCCGAAUCCGGCCAAGCUAGUGCUGGAUUGUAUCGGGCGUUUUUAUCUGCAGGGAAGCAAGGCAUACACCAAGAAUUCUCCCAUGAUUCCUGGGAGAAAAGCUAGCAUUUUAGCUUUGGAAUUCUUUUUGCUAAUAAUUGACAGUGGCAUUGAGUUUGACUCCGCCUUGAAGCAGGAGGCGGAGCAGGCUGCGCUGGCUUGGAGAAAGAGGCUUAUAGCUGAAGGUGGCCUGGCGAAAGCCAGCGACAUUGAUGCAAGGGGUUUGCUUCUGUUCGUUGGUUGUUAUGGGAUCCCAAAGGCCUUUACGAAUGAGGAUGUUUGGGAUUUGGUUCGCUUGAGUAAUUCAAAGCAGAUUGCGGAUGCCCUUCGAAGAUCUCAACUUCUUGUUGCCAGGGUCUCAGAUAUUCUAGAGAGAAUGAUGAACAAUGGAAUGAAAAUUGAAGCUGUUGAUGUAGCUUAUAGUUUUGGUAUUGAGGAUAAGUUUCCACCUCAGAAACUUCUAAAUUCAUUCCUUCGAGAUACUAACGAAGCAUCAAAGAGGAGAAAGAGGGAAGCAAAUAAUUCACCCAUCUUACUGAAGGAAGCAAAUGAGAAGCAAUUGGCUGCCUUAAAAUCUGUGAUAAAGCUACUUGAAGACCGCAAGCUUGAUCCAGUAAAGCUUCUUCCUGGAUGGCAACUUAGGGAAAUGAGGGACAAGUUAGAGAAAGAAAUUGCUGACCUCAAUAAAAAGAUGGAAGAUAAGGUGACACCAAAAAGAAAAGCAGAUGGGAAUGAGUUCUCAAAUCACUUGAAGAGUCAAGAAACGAAGCGUUCCCGAUUUGCAGGUUCACCUCUGAUAUCCUCUCCAGGCAUUGGGUUGCAUGAACAAAGGGCUGCUACUCAUGUGGAUGGCAGUGGCUUAUACAACGCUUCCCUAAGAAUGAACUUGUUGGAUGGUGGAUAUUCUGGUCAUGUCAAUAAUCCUUCUGUAGCUGGAUCUUUGUUGUAUGGAUCUGGUGUGGGGUCUUUGUCUGAACAUGUCCUUGGCACAUUGGCAGGAGGUGGGACUAUAAUGCAUGGGACUGGAGUGGGUCUCUCAACUGCAUACAGUAUUCCAUCCAACAGUUCAUUUGCUGGAGUUCACAGGGAGAUGCUUGUUGAUAGGAGUGGGCAAAUAAUGGGUAGCAGUGGUCCAGCAUAUGGAUGGCAUGGUGUUGGGGAUGCUGCCCUUAUUGAUAGGUCUCGGGUGCAAAGCUUUGUUCAUCAGCCUGCGUCGGGAUUGUUUGGGCCAUCACCAUCAAUAGAGGGUUUUGUAGGUCUAACAAAUUCUCCACCUACUGGUGCUGCUAAGAGGAGCUCAACCUCUGAUCUAUAUCGGUUUGCUGAUGCUGUUAUGUGAGUACGGCAGUGGUACCCGGCAAGGCCAGCCCAAUACAACCACCCUGUUGAUUGCGAUGCUGAUUCCCAUUGCAUGCUGCUGAUCUGUAAAGUAAAUAUAGUAUUUAUUUUCUGGGCUUGGGAAAAUGGUAGAAGCGUAUAUUCAUUUUCUUUGUGCAAGGUACUGCUCUGCAUGUUAAACUUGUGUACCAAUGCAUUGGGUUUGUGGUAAGCACAUAUUUUACCUAGUGGGGUGAAAAUGCACUGGUAAGAUCACUGUUCUAUUUUCCAAGCCUUUGGCCAAUGAGUAUUCUAAUGUUAUGCAAGUAAUGAUGCAAGGUGCUGAGAAGUUGCAAAAC